CCGGCAGUCGGAGGAUGGCGGAGCUGCCGGCGGAGAUCCGGGAGCGGCUGGGCCUGUGGGAGCGGCCCCCGCGGCCUCUGGCGCCCCUCAGCGAGCGGCAGGGCGACUCCGUGGUGGAGCUGCGCGAGGCCUUCCUCUGCCCGCCCGCCCCGCCGGAGCUUCCCAUUGAAGAUUUAAGCAGCUUGGGGCAGCCAUCACUGACUGUAACACUGACAGCUACAGUGCCUGAAUCCACAGAAGACAUCCUGGUGAAAGGCUUCUCCGCUUUGGGAAUAGAAAAUGAAAGAAUUGAAACAGCACAGCAGUUUUUCUCGUGGUUUGCUCAGCUACAGACCCGGAUGGAUGAAGAUGAAGGCGCCAAGUGAACACAGAUGAGGGCUUAUUUGUUGGGAUUCGAAGAGCAGUGUGAUGCCAUCUUGAGCGACGUGAACCGCGCCCUUGAGCACUUGGCGUUGUUGCAAAAGCAGUACCUCUUUGUGUCGACCAAAACAGGAACGCUGCACGAAGCCUGUGAGCAGCUCUUGAAGGAGCAGUCAGAACUCGUGGAACUGGCCGAAAACAUCCAACAGAAACUGUCGUAUUUUAACGAACUGGAAAACGUCAGCGCAAAACUGAAUUCCCCAACGUUAUCUGUUAACAGCGAAGGUUUUAUCCCUAUGCUGGCGAAACUUGAUGAUUGUAUUACGUACAUUUCCUCACAUCCAAACUUUAGAGAUUAUCCUGUAUAUUCGACGAAGUUCAAGCAAUGCCUUUCUAAAGCUAUGCACCUCAUGAAAACGUACACUGUGAAUACACUGCAGAACCUCACAAACCAGAUGAUUAAAAGGACGCUUAUCGAGCAGAUCGAGCAGCGGUCGGAGAAGAUGCCAGAGUACCAGCAGCUGCUGAGUGAAAUACAUCACUGUUACCUUGAGCAGAGGGAGCACUUGCUGGGGCCCAGUAUCACGAGUACUGUGACUGAAUUGACUAAUCGGAACAACAGAGAUCAUUGUGCUCUGGUUCGAAGCGGCUGUGCCUUCAUGGUCCACGUGUGCCAGGACGAACAUCAGCUUUACAACGAGUUCUUCACAAAGCCGACGCCAAAGCUGAAUGGACUUUUAGAGAAGUUGUGUCUGUCCCUGUACGAUGUCCUCAGGCCGUUGAUAAUCCACGUAAUCCACUUAGAAACGCUGUCUGAGCUCUGUGGGAUUCUGAAGAACGAAAUGCUUGAAGAUCACGUGCAAAACAAUGCGGAACAGCUGGCGGCUUUUGAGGCCGUGGUCGCCCAGAUGUUGGAGGACGUCCAAGAGCGCCUGGUCUACCGGACGCACAUCUACAUCCAGACUGACAUUGGGGGGUACAAGCCGGCCCCGGGAGACCUGGCCUAUCCCGCCAAGCUGGAGAUGAUGGAGCAAAUAGCACAAAGCCUGAGAGAAGAAGAGAAGUUGCCGGCAGAUGGUUCGUUUUCCGAUGUGAAGCUGGAAGAUCCGGAGAGCGGCAAUGUGGUGAAAGCCGACUCAUCGGAAUCCUGCCCCGCCAGAACUCACACCACGGUUUCACCGGCUGACCUCCAUGGAAUGUGGUACCCCACUGUCAGAAGGACCCUCGUGUGUCUCUCCAAGCUUUACAGAUGCAUCGACAGGGCCGUGUUCCAGGGACUCUCCCAGGAGGCCUUGUCUGCCUGCAUCCAGUCCCUGCUGGCGGCUUCAGAGGCCAUUGGUAAAAACAAGGGCCAGGUUGAUGGUCAACUUUUCUUAAUAAAGCAUCUUUUGAUUCUUCGUGAGCAAAUAGCUCCUUUCCACACUGAAUUCACCAUUAAGGAAAUUUCCCUGGACCUUAAGAGAACUAGAGAUGCUGCAUUUAAAAUCCUGAAUCCUCUGACGGUGCCGCACUUCUUUAGGCUAAGUAGCAGCAAUGCCCUGAUACAGUUCUUGUUGGAGGGCACUCCGGAGAUCAGGGAGCACUACAUCGACUCGAAGAAGGACGUGGACCGGCACUUGAAGUCGGCCUGUGAGCAGUUCAUUCAGCAGCAGACGAAGCAGUUUGUAGAUCCCCUGGAGGAAUUUCUGACAAAGGUCUCUGCUUUGAAGACAAUGGCUGAAGAGGGGGGCCCGACGUACAACCUCUUGCAGCAGCCGUGGGCCCAGCCAGCAAAGGUCGGCGACUUGGUGUCUUCAACCUACAGGACAAUGAAAACGAAACUUCCGUUGACCUUACGCAGCAUGUCACUGUAUUUGUCCAAUAAGGACACGGAAUUCAUUUUAUUCAAGCCUGUUCGGAACAAUAUUCAGCAAGUGUUCCAGAAGCUUCACGGCCUGCUGAAAGAAGAAUUUAGUAAUGAAGACCUACAGAUUGUCGCGUGCCCGUCAAUGGAGCAGGUGAACCUCCUGUUGUCCAUGAGCAAGUAGACGUCCUCCGAGAAACCUCCUUGUCUUCUGCAUCAAUUGGGGAGGAGGUGGAAUCGUGGUGCCGCCUGAACUUCCAUCCAGGACCCGGGAUGCUGGGCUGGGGGUACGAAACGCCACCAAAGGCCCCCUGCAGGCUCCAUCCCCUCCGGCGGCUGCCUGCCUGCCUGCCUUCGAAAGGGACAGGCCCUUUUCCAAGUCUUCUUGUGCUCCCCCCACCCUGUUUAUUCUGCAUCUGUCGAAUGCCUUUUUCAGGGGACUGUGCCGAAAAUAAAUUGGAGGCCCCCAAACUGGGGGGGAGUAGGGGUCCUGUGAAAAGAGUGCAUCCUGGUGAAUGUCAGAUCCCGUUGCCGAGCUGGAGCAGCCCACCGGGGGAAGCUUUCACGUCUCCCACGACACUGGUCCUUUUCGUAAGAGGGGCCCCAUUCAGAUGUCUCGCUGCCUGUCACUGAAUGGAAAGUCAUUUGGAGUGUUUCGGUGCUGCACGUGUGAAUUCAUGCUUUGCACGCGUGCUUGUGAAAACCCGCUCCCUUUUUUGGGUGUCUGUGAGUCUUCCGCAGCGCUCCCAUGCAGUGUCCUGCCCUGACGAAGGAUCUCUGCCACCUGCCGGUUCUUUAAACUCCGGAAAGAAUCUCUGUGUGGUUUGGUAUGCGCUAGAGAUGUGCAGAGGAAACGGUGCACUAUGGCGGGGAAGUAGAAGGCCGUGCGCGCUCCCGUGAGGGUCGGCAGCGGGGCCCAGCUGAGCUGUGAGAGUUCAGGUCCUUCGCUAUUCAUCUGAA